AUGUUGGGAGUCUUGCUGUGAACUUACAUUUAGAACAUUGCAUGGAAAAAAUGUAUCUCUAGUUCAGCCUCAGCAGGCCUAUAGCCUCCACUACAGCAGUGAGAGGAAUAUGUCAGAUUAGAGGCCCUACUUGCCCCUCUUUCAGAGGUCAUGUGGAAGAGGUCAGGGGCAAGGUCAUGUGGAAGCAGUAUGUGUGUGUGUGUAAUUCUAUUAGUUCCUGACCUGGGCCCCUGAUAAUUUUCUGUUCUUUCCUCCUCAUAAGACACAUUCCAUACAGGGGGAGAGAAUUGUUUUGUGUGUGAGAGCAUAUGUUUGCAGUGCCCGAUCUUCGUGUGUGUGGCUGUGGAAAGGGAAGUGUAAAGUAUUGGAUGGAUAAUGUCGUGGAAAAUUGUCUCAGAAAUAUGACACUCUUAUAAGAACUUGUGAAUUCAAUAUAGACUUUAAUACAAAGUAGCAAAGCUGAGCCCUUCCAUGGAAGGACCCUAUCACAAACGUAACAGAGCCGAGCCCCUCCAUGGAAAGAGACUAAAUUCUCAUAUUAGAGUCCUGCUUUUAUAGGAUUCUGUCUUAGCAUAACGUAUAGAGUCCCCUCCCUCAAUAUGAAAAUAGCUUCCCUUGACCUUUCUCCAUUAUUAUCUUUUUACCUCAGUUCUUGCUUGUUAACGCCCACAUCUGACAGCUGUAUAGGUUAUAUUGGUAGCGGGGCCCUGGUCCUAUAUGUUCCAUUCCUUAUAUAGCCAUUCUGUCUCAGCUCUUCAAAGUGGAAAGCCUAGAUGCUGCUAAUAUUGGAAAUGUAAUCAUAGUCAUGAGUUUUGCUCCCACAAUAAUCAGCUUGGUGGGGUCAGUGUGAAAGGAAGACCAGGCUGUAAUGACCAGAUCCAAAGAUAUGAUGAAUGAAUGUGGUCUGAAUUUCAAAGAACCAAUCAUUGCCUUUGUUUCAACCACUCCCCCUGCCCUUUAGAGCUGUCAUUCUGGUAGUGUAGUGGCUUGAGCAGUGAUACUCUGCAGCUCACUGAGAUUCAGGUUCAACGGUUGUGUGGAGAGAGAUGUUCAUGUAUUUAGUGCAGUACAUCUCCUCCCUUUUAGUGACUCCCCCUAAUGCCAUCCAACCCGGGCCCUUCACCUCAACAGACUUCAGCUGUGUGUAGUGGUGAUUUUGUAGUGUGUGUGUGUGGCUUUUCGCUGUGCAGGGACCAGGCAUUCACCAGGUCAUAGUGCAGAGUGUUAGUCUACUGUGGGUGGGUGGUGCUACUCUCCUCUGGUUAGUUCAUGGUGGGGUGGAGUGCAGAUGGGCCCCCCUGACCCCAUCCUGGGGGUGUCGGAGGCCUUCAAGAGGGACACCAGCCCGAAGAAGAUGAACCUGGGGGUGGGGGCCUACAGGGACGACCACGGCAAACCCUUUGUGCUUGAUUGUGUCCGCAAGGCAGAGGCUCUGAUUUCUUCCAAGCAGUUGGAUAAGGAGUAUCUGGCCAUCGGGGGUCUGGGGGACUUCACCAAGUCCUGCGCUCAGCUAGCCCUGGGGGCUGACAGCGAGGUCCUCAAGAGUGGCAGGAACAUCACUGUCCAGACCAUCUCAGGAACCGGCUCACUGUGCAUCGGAGCCAACUUCCUGUCUCGCUUCCACAGUGCGUCCCGUGACGUGUACCUGCCCAAGCCCUCCUGGGGGAACCACACACCCAUCUUCAGAGAUGCUGGCAUGCAGCUGAAAGCCUACCGCUACUACGACCCCUCCACCUGCGGCUUCGACUUCAGCGGGGCGCUCGACGACAUCUCUAAAAUGCCAGAGAAGAGUGUGAUCAUGCUGCAUGCCUGUGCCCAUAACCCCACCGGUGUGGACCCCAAGCCUGAGCAGUGGAAGGAGAUCGCUGACCUGGUGAAGAAAAGGGACCUGUUGGUGUUCUUUGACAUGGCCUACCAGGGCUUUGCCAGUGGAGAUAUUGAUCGUGAUGCCUGGGCUGUUCGUCACUUCAUUGAGCAGGGCCACAACAUUGUCCUGUCGCAGUCGUUCGCUAAGAACAUGGGCCUCUACGGUGAGCGAGUGGGAGGGUUCACUGUGGUGUGUAACGAUGCCGAGGAAGCUAAGAGGGUGGAGUCUCAGCUGAAGAUUCUGAUCCGGCCAAUCUACUCCAACCCUCCAAUGAAUGGAGCCAGAAUCGCUGCCACUAUUCUCAACACACCAGACCUUUAUAAAAUAUGGUUGGAGGAGGUCCACGGCAUGGCCAACCGCAUCAUCAAGAUGAGGGAGCAGCUGGCGGUCAAUCUGAAGAACGAGGGCUCCACUCACAACUGGCAGCAUGUCAUCGACCAAAUCGGCAUGUUCUGCUUCACAGGCCUCAAGCCUGAACAGGUUGAGCGUCUGACUAAGGAGUUUUCAGUAUACAUGACCAAAGAUGGUAGAAUCUCCAUGGCAGGCGUCACCUCUGGCAACGUGGGAUACCUAGCACAUGGAAUCCACGCCGUCACUAAGUAAAAAGGAGAAUGCCGGGAGAAACAGUGGGGCACGGUGGCGCUGGACACAAUCCAUAACAAAAUAAUAAUGGCCACUCCACCCACCCCUUACAGAGGAGCUGGACAUUCUUUAAGACUGUCAAUUGUUCAACUUUGACCUCAACCCUCCUUGGGGUAGGGAUGUUUUAAUGGUUAGUUCCCUGUGACCUCCCCAACGAGGUCACCAUGUCAAAGGUUGUUUAGUGAUGGUCCAAUGAUCUGCCCUACAUUUGACUAAUGAGCUGAUGUCUGUCUUUCUUCUACGCUUAUUUAUUGUAUGUCAAAGUUUAAUAUUAAUUAAAUUAAUAAAUGGCUUAAUAGUGACAGGUUAAUAUUCUCUUUUAAACCUGCUCUGCCUGCUGUAGUCCAAAUUGCUGUCAGGCUACAGAUGAGUUUACCAACACUUAGGUUGUGUGUGUGUAUGAACUGUGAACUCUUGUCUGUCAUUGGAUAUUUUAUGUAGGAUGUGAAAGUUAAUAUUUUCCUCAACACCAUUAUAGUAGCAGAAAACUCAGCAUUUCCAGAUAACAAUUAGUUAUAAGAUUGUCUGGCACUACUUUUAGAUGAGAUACAGUAAUUGAUAUUUUAAUAUGCUUUAGAAAUGGGCAAUGUAUGAUCAUUCUGUCCUUUCACUCAGCCUCUCUCUUGCAUUAUCUUGUCUUCCAUAUUCAAUAUAAAUAAUUAUAUUGCUGUACAAGUUUUGUGCUUUUUGCACGAAGAGCAGGGUCUACUGCGUUUCUGCUAAGUGUUGAUGAGUGAGCAGUCAGUUAGCCAGUCUUAAAUGCCCACUAACCCCCCCCCCCCAAGCACUUGGCUUAUGAGGUUUUAAAGGGGAAUUAUACAGAAAUCGCUCUGCCAUUUCCUGGUUGCUAAAAUUCUAAUAGCUAACCUAAUUUAAGUUUGACAAAACAAGUGAUGUGUAGAGAAUCAUUGUACUAUCUAAACCGCUGCGAAAUAUAUAUCUUACAACACUUUUGGUUAUUUAUUUUCAGCUGGUGUACAAAACUGAAAGUAAGAUGAAAAAAUGAAGCUUUGGUAAGCAGAACACAGAACAGAUCUACUGUUUCUUAGACUUGUUUUCAAUGACAAUGACUGCUUUAUAACUAAACAUUUCUGUGAAUUUGGUCCAAAAAGUUACAAAUUGCAGCUUUAAAAGGAUAGACUGUCCUAUGAUGGUGCUCUUGUAUUUCCACAAGGAAAGGCAUUUCACAAGUGUUAUUUAGAUCACUGGGCGACUCCUAUCCCCUCCGUUUCAGAACUAAGAGGUUAUAGAACUUCUAUUAAUACAUAUAAAAAGUUGUAUAGACAGUGUUUUGCUCUAAUGAUCAUCCUUCAAACAUGUUCUCUGUGUGUGUCUUUCUGUUUGUAACAAGACAGAUUGUGCAGGUAAAAUCACCUUUUCUGCUGUCUACUCAUGAAGAUAAAGCUGCUCUGUCAUCAUGUUCGGGUUAGAGCAAAAUAAUAAAACAAUAUGGAGCAUCGGUUAUGUCUUUCUUUGAACAAUUAAUAAAAUAUCUAUAAUUGAAAUAA